AUGGUACCCAGUCGCAUUCACCAAUCCUAUAUCACUGCGCUCCACGCACCGUCAACCAGGGAUCUGGACAGGUCCCGACCGCACCGCUUCGUGCUGCUGAACAUCCCGCUGGUCAUCUGGUGGGACUCCAAUGCAGCCAGCUGGCGCGUGUUUGAGGACGUGUGCCCGCACCGGCUGGUGCCCCUAAGGUGCGCGGCAACAGAGCGGGAUGAGGGUAGUGAGGGUCCCCAGCACGUUUACACUAAUACACUAACCAUCGGCCCUACCUGUACACCCCUACGCAGUGAGGGCCGCAUAAAUAAGGCCGGACUGCUGGAGUGCGGCUACCACGGCUGGGCCUUUAACAGUCAGGGCCGUUGCGAGGUGGUCCCGCAGCAAGGCAAGUCUGAUACACCGCGCGCCUGCGCGGUGGCCUUCCACGCUGCUGAGCGCCAGGGCCUGAUGUUCGUGCUGCCCAGGCCGCUGCCAUCUGCGCUGCUGCCUAACGGUGCUGCUAACGGCUGCCUGGGCGAGGCGCUUGCAGAGGCGGUGGCAGAGGAAACACGGAUUCCGCUGGUUCCGGAGCUGGACGAGCCGAACGGAAAAUGGAUUGCACAGGACGUGUGGCGCGACCUGCCGUAUGACUGGUCAACGCUGAUGGAGAACGUGCUGGACGCCAGUCACGUGCCCUUCACCCACCAUGCCUCCAUGAGCAACAGGAACACCAUUGGCCUGUACGACCUGAAGCUGGUGACGCCGCUAUCGGAGCGCGGGUUUACGGGAGUAUGGAAGACGGGGCCCCGUGCCGGCAAGCUGGGUCCGCAGUCCACAGUCUUCACCGCUCCGGCCUUCAUGCGCAACCGCCUGGACGCCAAGGGCUUUUCCGCAAUGACAGUGGUGUAUGCUGUGCCCAUGCGCCCCGGCAAGUGCCGCCUCAUCAACCGAAAUAUCCUCCGAUUCAAUAACCCGAUACCACAGCUUGUCUUCAGCUCCCUGCCGGACUGGUGGUCGCACGUGUCCUCCCACGUGCUGCUCGAGGAUGACCAGAUUUUCCUGCACCUAGGAGAGGAGGAGCUGGCCAGGAGGAGGGCAGCGGGACUGACGCACUCGCAGGUGUGCUACAUGCCCUCGCAAGCCGACACGUACGUCAUUGCUUUCAACCGCUGGAUCCAAAAGUACGGCGGCGGUGGUCCUUUUGGUGGCACUGAUGCGGGUUUCGUGGAGGCCCUGGGUGCGCGCCUUAGUCGGAAGGAGCUGCUCGACCGAUACAGCCAGCACACCGAAAACUGCGCCACGUGCCAGCGGGGGCUCAAACUUAUCGCCGCCGUGCGUGCCGUCGCUGGUGCUGUACAGCUGGCGGCGGGCGCGAUGUCCCUCUUCUGUGCGGCCGUCGGCGUGGCUGCCGCGUCGACGGCGACAGCGGCUGGUGCGGCGGCAGCAGCGGCAGCGCCUGGCGAUGCUGUUGCCGCUGUCGGGUCAGCCUUGGUGGGCCUAGCAGCCACGGUGGCGGGUCCGCUGGAUCCCACUGGUGUGACGCAUAUGGUCCGGGCGGCGGUUUGGGCGUUGGGUGCUGCCGCGGCGGCGCUGGCAGUUUCCCGAUUGGAAGGUCUACGGCGGUCCUUUUACGAGGGAGUAUAUCCGCCGCCUCGUAAUUUGAAACCAUAA